AUGACACAGAAUCAUAACCUUGGUAAAGUCAUCAGCUACCUGAGAAUUUUGGGAACGGCGUUGUUCGGGGUCUUAAUUCUUCUGGGACUCUCUGCGGCUUACAUCAUGGGGUACCAGUUUUUCACGACCCCGGGUGACUACUUCUCGUUUGGGCUGUAUGGGUUGAUUUUGCUUGUGCACCUCACCAUACAGAGCACCUUUGCUCUGCUGGAGCACAGGAAAAUGAAACGGCUCCUGGGAGUGCCCAUUGACAUGAGCAAACGGUUUGCCUUGUGUAUUGCUGCCUACCAGGAGAACCCCAACUACCUGCGAAAGUGCCUGAUUUCUGUCAAGAGGCUGACUUACCCCAGUGUAAAGGUGAUUAUGGUGAUUGAUGGGAAUAGUGAAGAUGACAGCUACAUGAUGGAGAUCUUUCAGGAAGUCAUGGGCGGCGAAGAAACAGUCACGUACAUCUGGAAAAGCAACUACCACCAGAAAGGGUCGGACGAGAGCGACGAGGCCUACAUGGAGAGCCUGGAGCACAUGUCAGCACUGGUCCAGGGGAACCAAUGCGUGUGUAUCAUGCAGAAGUGGGGCGGGAAGAGAGAGGUCAUGUACACAGCCUUCAAGGCCCUUGGGAACAGUGUGGACUAUGUGCAAGUGUGUGACUCGGACACUGUGCUGGACCCAGCGUGCUCUGUGGAGAUGAUGAAGGUGCUGGAAGAGGACCCCAUGGUGGGCGGAGUUGGGGGUGAUGUGGAGAUUCUGAACAGAUAUGAGUCGUGGGUCUCCUUCCUCAGCAGCGUCCGGUACUGGAUGGCUUUCAACGUGGAGCGGGCAUGCCAGUCCUUCUUCGGCUGCGUCCAGUGCAUCAGUGGGCCCCUGGGGAUGUACAGGACCUCCCUCCUGCUCAGCUUCCUGGAGGACUGGUACAAUCAGACCUUCAUGGGCAGCCACUGCAGCUUCGGGGACGACCGCCACCUCACCAACCGCGUCCUCAGCAUGGGCUACGCCACUAAGUACACCAACCGGUCCAAGUGCCUGACGGAGACCCCCGCCACGUACCUCCGCUGGCUGAACCAGCAGACCCGGUGGAGCAAGUCCUAUUUCCGCGAGUGGCUGUACUCCGCCAUGUGGUUCCACAAGCACCACCUGUGGAUGACCUACGAGGCGGUGAUCACCGGCUUCUUCCCCUUCUUCCUCAUCACCACCGCCAUCCGCCUGGUCUUCAACGGCCGGCUGUGGGACAUCCUCCUCUUCCUGCUCAUGGUCCAGCUGGUGGCGCUCAUCAAGGCCUCUCUGGCCAGCUGGCUCCGGCGCAACAUCGUCAUGCUCUUCAUGUCCUUCUACUCAGUGCUGUACAUGUCUAGCCUCCUCCCAGCCAAGAUUUUUGCCUUAGUGACUAUAAACAAAUCUGGGUGGGGGACGUCGGGGAGGAAGAACUUAGUGGUAAAUUUUGUGGGCUUCAUCCCUAUAUCUAUCUGGUUCACGAUAUUCAUCAUUGGCAUUAUCUACACGUUCGUGGACGAAAUGGAGCAUGUCUUUCCGAUGUCUGAGAUGACAAUUGUAGCCAUUGGCACCGCAGUGUACAUCAGCUAUUGGGUCAUACUGUGCGUUCUGUACAAAGUCAUGGUCUCCAAGUGGAGGAGGAGAGAGCAGCAGUAUGACACAGUGCUGGAUGUAUGA